AUGAGUGAAACAGAGACAAUAUAUUACAUUUCAAGCAUAGAAGCAAAUAAGAAAAAGCUCCAACAUGUACAUGAUAUUAUGGCAUUGGCGCUAGGAGUUGGUGCUGGUGUUUUGACCUUGGAAUCGGUAUACGGGUUUCUCUUCUAUAUAAUAGGCUUUACAAUCACAAACUUGGCUUUUUACCGGAUCUGUUGCGAAGGAAAGGCCUUUGAGUUCUUCAGAAAGCCUCUACAUGAAAUAUUCGUUGACGGUAUAGCUAGCAAUGUUGCCGGAUUCCUUAUGAUGUGGUGUCUCGUGUUUGCUCUAGUUAAAUGA